AUGGCCGGUAACGCCAGAGCAGAGACUCGAACAGUAAACGACGAAGUCGUCCAAGGGGAGGGUGUUGACGAAACAACGCCUCUCCUCGAAUCGCAGAGCAAGUCCACAUAUGUGACAUUUGGAAAAUGUCUUGAGGAAGAGUGGAAGCCUUCCGUAGGGUUCUGGUGGAUUGAAACAGCCUUGUGGGCCAAUGUUUUCCUAUCGGGCUUUGACGGCACCAUCACGGCGUCGACAUACGCCGCCAUUGGGUCCGACUUCAAUGCCGUGAAUAACGCGGCGUGGUUGACGACUUCGUACCUGAUCACAAGCACAGCUUUCCAGCCGCUGUAUGGUCGAUUCUCCGAUAUGUUCGGGCGCCGGAUAUGCUUCUUCAUCUCAACGGUAACCUUCAUGGUCGGUUGCUUCGGUUGCUCGGUCGCCAACAGUAUGCUCGUCCUCGACAUUAUGCGGGGCGUGACUGGCUUUGGCGGUGGAGGGUUGAUCACGAUGGCCACCGUCAUCAACUCGGAUAUUAUUCCCUUCAAGCAGCGCGGCAUGUAUCAGGCCAUGCAAAACAUCCUCGUGGGCUUCGGUGCCGUGCUUGGUGCGUCAUGUGGUGGUGUCAUUGCUGAAAGCAUUGGCUGGCGCUGGUGCUUUCUGCUCCAAGUGCCCGUAUCGGUGCUAGCACUCAUUGUCGGAUAUGUGGUACUGGAAAAUCCCCCAUGCAUGGUUCCCACGUUGGAUCCAAAACGCCCGUUGUUGUCGGCAAUGCAGCGUCUAGAUUUCUCGGGUGCUCUCGUGCUCGUGAUUGCCCUGGUGGCCCAACUUAUGGGACUGAGCCUAGGUGGCAACGAGUUCCCGUGGGGAAGUCCCCUUGUAAUCGGGUCGCUUGUGGGUAGCGUCAUCCUCCUCUUCAUGUUCGUGGGGAUCGAAGCAACAACCAAGGCCAUUCCCAUGAUACCGUUGCGGAUGCUGCAAGGUUGGCAACCGACUGUCGUCCAGCUGACGAAUGUGUUUUCCGGGAUGGCUGCCUAUGCCUACAUGUUCAUGGUCCCUCUUUAUUUCCAGGCUGUGCGUGGCGAUUCUCCGUCGGAGGCCGGUUUACGGCUCAUAAUUCCCGCUCUUGCAACCCCAGUUGGCGGUGUGGUUGCUGGCGUCUUGAUGCACCGCGGGUAUCCGCUGUGCCUGAACGUUCAAUUGGGGACGGCCACAAUGUUGUUGGGGAAUCUCCUCGCGAUGUCGAUGGGUAUAACAGACAGCCGUUGGAAAGAAUCGUUGUACAUGGUACCUGCAAACCUCGGCUUGGGACUGACCAACCCGAGUGUCCUGUUUAGCUUUGUCUCUCUCUUUGAGCAUCAGGAACAAGCGGUUGCUACGUCGACUGUGUACUUGAUCCGUUCCAUGGGCACAAUAUACGGUGUUACUAUCACCGCUGCCAUCGUGCAGAACGUGUUGUUGGUGAGGCUGCCGGGGACGCUGGGUGACGCGGCUACCGAGGAGCUCAUCGAGAAGCUUCGCCAAUCUCUCUUUUCCAUCAGCGAGCUGCCGCCGGUCUUGGAAGUUGCGGUUCGGGCAUUGUAUGCUGACGCAUUGCGAAUAGCUUUUGCGGCGUCAAGCGCAUUCGCCGCGGUGUCGUUUCUGUUUUCGUUGGCACAAAAAACUGGGUCGUUGCAGCGGAGGUGUAAGUCGGCGGACCAGGCGGACGAGUCGGGACAGGCGAAUGAUGGUCAAGAUGAGCCGGCGAGGUAA